UUAAUGAAUGUCGAUCCUGGAGCUUUGUUUAUUAAGUCAGCACUUGCACAGCUGCAACAACAACAACAAAUGCCAACUAUUAAUAUUACUGAUGAAAAUAAUCAAAAUGUUGAGUCUGCAUUUUUAUCUUUGGAAUCGAAUUCAAUUUUGCCAAAUACCGACCCUCCAACACUUCCAAAUGUUUAUUCUGCAACGGGAGGUAUUGGAAACUCUAUAUCUUUAACUAAUACUCCAACUGAUAUUGGAACUAAUCAACCAUUAAAAUUUGUUUAUAUUCCUGUUUGUAUUGAAACAGCAACCCAACGACUUGAAAAGUAUGUUAAAAAUAAUCAACUUUUGUGCGAAGUUCAAUGUGACGAGCAGAAGGAGACAUCAACACAGAUAGUUAAUUCUGUACGUAUUCGUGUUGCACCUCCAUCAAAUGAAUCAAAUAAAACAAUUCUUGAAUUAAUUUUAUAUAGAAUAGAUCAAUCGCCAAAUAUUAGCCGAGCAGCAUUUACUCAUAUUCAAGGUGAUGUUAAUGAAUAUGAACAAUUACGUGUUAAUUUAUUAUCAAUAUUCAACGAAGUUGUGUGA